AUGGCGGAGGAAAUGGAAGGCGUUGCACCUUUCCGUGGCAGCAAUGUUGUGCGUCAAAGGCCACCAAACAAUUCCAAUGUUCCCAGACUGCCAGCUGGUGCGAAUCAUCCUAUCUUGGCCAGGCUCCAUGAACUCGAAGCCAUGAGCGAGAUGGAAAGAAACAAAUGGAUUCAGAGCAUUGACAAUCUGAGUUGGAAACAAACCAUGGAGUUUAGCAAGCAGUUCGACAAGCACAGAAGACGAAAUAGACCUGUGCAACAGCCUCUCAUUGGCAUGGAAAAUGAGAGUCACUCCUGUCCCGAGAUGCUCCCUGAAGCGAGGGACGGGCCUGGAGUUGAGCCUGGCAGCAAUGUCUAUCGGAUGCUUGCAAAGCCUCGGACUGCCUGUGGCGUUGAACAACCUGAGCCAUGGGCCAUAGCUGACCCACCUGACUCCAUCCCCGACGAUGGAUACGAGCAAGAGAUUGAACAGAAGUUUAGAUGGUCCAGAAUCAAAAUCGACACGGUGGAGUUUCGGGCCCGGUGGGACAAGCAGAACGAAUCUCAAGCUCGGGCCUACAGAGAGUCUCACCAUACCUUCCCAGUCGUUCAAAAUGGCACUCUUACCUUCACAUCGGAAUACCACGAGGCAGUCUACGAGCCUGAACAAUCCCUUUUUGAUGAUUGGCUCUCGGACGAGCAGGACGAGCAGGACGCGCAUGACCUGUGGAUGGAACACGAAUACAAAAUCUCAGCCUUUGACAUCCCCAACGAGAAUGCUAGAAAGCAGUUUCGCAACUGGUGGGAUCAGCUUCCGACAGGAUAUCACACGGUCAAUAUCUACCACGUCGCCUUCUUCGACGGAACCGCCAUGCCCGAUGGGCAGUGUUCUAUGUUCCUGCCUGGCAUCAAGCAUAUUCCAACCCCAAGGGACAUGAAAGAUGAGAUGACCCGCUUGCAUUGGCACGAGACAUCGGCGGGGUACGUGUACAAUAUGGGAAAGGUCAACCAAAAGCGAAGGAAGAAGCAACAGGAGAAGCAGGAACAUCUUCGUCGCACCGCGCCGUAUCGUGCUUGGUUGAGUCUACCACCCGAGUCAAAACUCGUCCCGCCUGACAUUUAUCUGAGACCUGCAGAGUUAUAUGACGCAUCCUACAUCCUCGAAAUCAUGAAUUGGUAUGCGAAGAAUUCGGCUUUGAGCAGUGACACCAGACCUAUGGACGGGAGCGACUUCGAGAAGCUCCUUCGAUCUUGCCGAGAGAUGAGAUUCCCUUUUGUUGUUGCUGCUCGUCGUCCUCAAGAGCGUUGGUGUCGCAACCAAAUUGACCCUGCGAUUGGAUAUGCUUACGUCGAAUUCCAUCGCAACGGAAAGGAUGCUGACGCACACAUGGGCGAGCUGCAAGUCUUCGUCCAAGAGGACAGCAAGAAGAAGCACAUUGGACGGGCUCUUGUCGACAUGGUCCUUUCUUGCUUCGAUGUGACAUCCAAAGUUGGCACUGAUUAUCAGUUCGACCAAACUGGUACAGUGCAGUAUGGUGCUGGCUACGGUCGUCCCCUCAACACAAUGGUCUGCGCGAUUGCAUCCUCCCCCCAGGCACAGGAGAAUUACACCUGGAUCAAGGAGUGGUUGAAGAGGGACUUUGGAUUCCAAGAGAAAGGAGUCUUCGAAGAUGGCAGAGUCAAGAGUGGCAAGGGAUUUGACCUUUGUUACAUGGCCCGUCGCAUUGGCACCCCGAAUACCACCGAGGGGGGCUAG